AGCCUCACCUACCCUGCUCUCUGCUUCCUUCUCUCCACGUCCCUCUUUGUAUUUACAGCUUCCAUGGCCCCCAAGAAGCCAGACCCCAAGAAGGACGAGGCCAAGGCAGGCCAGAAGGCAGCUCCUGCUCCUGCUCCAGCGCCUGCCCCUGCACCCGAACCCGAGCGCCCCAAGGAAGCAGAGUUUGAUGCCUCCAAAAUCAAGAUCGAGUUUACACCGGAGCAGAUUGAAGAGUUCAAGGAAGCCUUCAUGCUGUUUGACCGCACGCCCAAGUGUGAGAUGAAGAUCACGUACGGGCAGUGCGGGGAUGUUCUGCGGGCGCUGGGCCAGAACCCUACACAGGCCGAGGUGCUCCGUGUCCUAGGGAGACCAAAGCAGGAAGAGCUUAACACCAAGAUGAUGGACUUCGACACCUUCCUGCCCAUGCUCCAGCACAUCUCCAAGAACAAGGACACAGGCACCUAUGAGGACUUCGUGGAGGGGCUGCGGGUCUUCGACAAGGAAGGCAAUGGCACCGUCAUGGGCGCCGAGCUCCGCCACGUGCUGGCCACUCUGGGUGAGAGGCUAACGGAAGAUGAGGUGGAGAAACUGAUGGCGGGGCAGGAAGACUCCAAUGGCUGCAUCAACUAUGAAGCAUUUGUGAAGCACAUCAUGGCCAGUUGAACCCCUCAUCCCAGGGAGCCCAGGAGGUCAUGCUGGGGACAGCUCAUCUCCCACUCAUGGUGCGAACACCAGUGACCUGGGAUUCGGGGAGAAGGGGAGCACAUCCAGAAUGCUACGGCAGCCCCUCUGCCGGCCCUGCAGACCUGUGUGCCUGGCAUCUCUCCCUACCAGCUGUGCAUCUCUGUCCUCACCCCAUGGGCCUCAUGAAUAAAUGACAUCUUUCCUUCCUUU